AUGACAAUUUCAACAACAACACCUGAUUUGGAACACCUGAUUUCUUUUUUAAUUCGUCUUCCCUGUGUUGGUCGACAAGUGAUUGUAUGUGGCGUUGGAAUGAAUACACCGUGUGCUAUUCUACGUAUUCACCUGUUAAGAGGAGAAGCUGAUUCAGUGUCUCAAA